AUGGCAGGGAUGGAGUGCACAACUAUACAUGGGCUCACGACCACUGUUGAUGAGGAUCGGGAAGGAGACCUCGCGAGUCUAAAUCUAGGACUUAUUAGAGCAUCAUCAAUCUCUGAGGAUUUUAGCCACUUGGAGGGAAUAUGGUCCCCUCCUCCCUUGGGAGUCCUAAAAAUCAACUCGGAUGGCUCUUCUCGUGGUAAUCCUGGUCAUGCUGGCAUUGGAGGUGUGGGCCGUGAUAGCUCAGGGGAUGUUCAGUUUAUUUUCUCUGAGUAUAAGGGUCUUCAUACGAAUAAUCUUAUGGAGGCUCAGGCUAUUUUAGUGGCUAUGGAGCGGGCCAAUCAGUUGGGUUGGCGAAGGAUCAUAUGUGAGUCUGACUCCCAGGUUGUGGUGAACUUACUGAAAAGGCAGUAUAUGGAUAAUGUGAGCUGGCAGCUGGCCUUGAUUGUUGAACAAAUUCUCACUCUCUGUGCAUCUCUGGAGCAUGUUACUUUCAACCAUAUUCCCCGUGAAUGGAAUGGUGUGGCUGAUUGCUUGGCUAAAUGGGCUUCCGAUCAUAUGCAUGAUUGGAAUUUGGUGGAUCGGGGCCAUCUGCCUCCGGAUUUGUCUCAUCAAUUGGAUCACUUGGUUGAUCUUGAUAGGGCCAUUUAA